AUGAGGAGCAUAUUGGAAGACCCGAUGUGGGAAACGCGCAGCAUGUCUCUCGAAGAUCGACCGCGACUUCCCCGCAUACCCCUUAGCAAGCAAAAUCGGAGUGUCGUGCGGACUCUUAACCCAAUGCUGGUGACCUAUUCGGAAGCCAGCCGGGACCUUUGCGAGACGGACUCAAUUCUUUUUGGUGCCGCACUGGAAGUAUGCCGUAUUAUUGGAGCCAAACUUCCCAUGGCUGGACGUGCUACUCAACAAAGUAGCGCCAUCCCAGCCUGGAGAAAAAGAAUCGAGGACCAUAUCGCAAAGACAAGGGCCCUUAUCGGCAAACUGUCAAGCUUCAGGUUGGGUAAUAAUAGACCGAGAGUUGUGCGCACCGUUAGAAUAGCGUUUGCUGGGACAAAUAUUAGUUUGUCCCAGCCGGAUAUCACGCAGAAACUAAGGGAGCGCUUAGAUGACCUGAAGCAAAAAAUCGCUGCUUGGGGGAAGCGGAUUCAAUGA